AUGUUUAGUUUUCGUCGUUUUCGCAUCUUCAGUCUCUAUAGAGUCGCUCAGCUUGCUUUUUUGGUCCUAGCGAUUGUUCUUAUCUCCCUUCACCUGGGGCUUCUGACGACCUCUCCUUUUGGCAGACCGGUGCCCAGUGAUGACCUUGCGGCCUGGAAUGGUGUUGCAACAGAAAGUGAUCCUAGUUUGAGUGCAGAGACUCCAGCGAUAAAGGAUGUCAAUGUCACGCUGAUUGAGGUCGAUCCGCCGGUGAAAGAAGGUGGCAACAUCACCCUCAUUCAAGCCGCUCCAACUUAUGUAAAAGCUAUCAUGACACCGGACGACACGAGUUUUCCCAGAUUAGAAUGUCCUGUUCCUACUCAGGGUCGAUAUGAAUAUCUUCGCACCCCGUCCAACUCCACAUCCUUGGGAAAGCAACGACGGUACUUUUUCGCUGUAAAUCUGCAUGACAGUAUUCACAUUCUUCCCCGGCUCCUAGGAUCGAUCGUCGAGGCCAUACGGUUCCUCGGACCUGCACAAUGUGCCUUAUCAAUCGUGGAAGGGCGAUCUGAUGACGGAACCCUUGAAGUUCUGGAAGCGCUGAGCAGCGUUCUGAAAAAUGCAGGAAUAGAUUACACCCUCAAAUCAGACGACAAGGAUCCACUAGCCAGCCCCGGAGCCCGAAUAGCAAGGCUAGCCGAUCUCCGCAACGAGGCUCUAGAGCCUAUGAUCAAGCAUUCCGACCAGUACAGCACGAACGACACCACCGUGGUAUUUCUCAACGACGUAUCGUUGUGUAUGGAAGAUAUCCUUGAGUUGAUACACCAGCGCGUGUACCAAAAAGCAGAUAUGACGUGUGGGAUGGACUGGGUGAAUCUGUGGCGCGACCCCACGUUCUACGAUGUUUGGGUUGCGCGCGGCAUGAACGGUGACAGCUUUUUCGAGAUACCUCCUGAUGGAAGUUGGGAUGAUGCGUGGAAUCUUUUCUGGAAUGAUCAGCCCACGCAAGAUCGCUUCGAUAACCUCCAGCCAUUUCAAGUAUUUGCGUGCUGGAACGGCGGUGCUGUUUUCAAUGCAAAGCCCUUGCUUGAACGAAAGAUCAGGUUUCGGGAUUCGAAGGAGGGAGAGUGUUUUCAAGGCGAGCCACAGAUUUUUAGCAAGGAAAUGUGGCAUUUGGGGUAUGGGAAGAUCGCGGUGGUUCCUUCUGUGAACCUUGCGUACUCGGAUGAUAGGGCGCGGGAAGUGAAGAAGGGGAAGGGAGAUGUGGCGGGGCUUUUACUUAUGGGAGAAGGGAAUGAUAGGAUCGAGUGGAAGGCGAAACCACCAAAGAAGGUGAAGUGUAUGCAUACUUAUGACACGCAAGAGUGGAGGCCGUGGGAUGAAUACCUAGAAGCAAGGACGGAUGCAUAG